GUGGUAUUCACGCGUAAGCAACACUGUGAUCCCGUGCAGCAUGACCGGAAGGGCUCAGGCCGGCGCGGCGAGCUUUCCGCUUCCGGCCGCCAUAUCCUUGGGGGAAUGCUUUCGUUUCGUGGUGCUUUGAAGUGCAGCAGCAGGCAUUGCAAUCUCAAGGACCUCGGCAAUCAUUUUAGUCAUGGUUAAUUGCGCUGUGUUCGGAUGCAACAACGAGUCGCGGCGGAAAACUGACUCUGGUGAGAACACGAAGAAGCUUAGUUUUUUUUCUGUGCCGAAUGUUGUUCGUUGGCAAUGCAGCCAGACCUUAGAGAUCUCAACGAAGCGUCGAGCGGAAUGGUUUCGUCGCCUCUACCGGGGUGACAUUAAUACAGACGCUACCCACUACAAAGUCUGCAGCGAGCACUUCGUUUCUGGCAGGCCAUCCUACUUAAUGGAUCUGACGAACCCGGACUGGGCGCCAAGCUUGCACCUAGGGUAUGACACAAAGUCAACAACUCGAUCUGAAGAAAGGCACCAGCGACGUUGCAAGAGGGCUGCGACUCCAAAGGUGGUCCAAAAGGCCGAUAGCAGAGUGCUGCGACCCUUGACUACAAUGUUGAAUGCACAGCAGAGUGCUGUGAACAGUACUGUCACAAGCACACCACUUGCAAGUCCCAUUGCAGUACAAAAUGACCAAGGCAAUGAGUCACAUAUGUCUCAUGCAGUUAAUUGUUGCAUGAUUAGUCUUUCUGUCAAGAACAACCUCACUGCAGGUGGCCCCUCAUCUACCCCAUUUCUUGCAGAUAUGUGCAGUUUUGAUGCGCCCGAGUUGUUGCAGAAACAAGGUUGA